UUUUACCAUUCCUCAUCUUCGAUCCAUCACAUUGCCCCGCCUACAUGCGUUAGCCCUUCAAUCUCAACCAUCAACAUGGCGGCGAGCUGUUCUCCCGCGGCAGACAACACAUUUGGUCCCGUCUUUCCUUGCCCAGCAACAUUCGACUUCACCUUACUAUUCGAGCAAAGCAUCCUCUCCAUCGGCCCGUCAGCUCUUUUCCUACUUCUAGUCGCGGGGAGAAUCUGGUGGCUCUAUCCCGAGAACAUCAAAACGACCGCGAACAAGGCCUAUUGGCAAAAGCUGGCUGUUGCAAUUUGUCUUGUCGGGCUACAGAUCGCCUCGGUGGUCCUCUGGGCGCGCCACAACAUCAUUCGCACGGCUAUUCCAGCCAUCUCGCUGUCGCUGGUGGACGCACUAUCGAUCACAUUCCUCUCAGCCAUCGAGCACAAUCGCUCCGUACGCCCUUCGUCGCUCCUAAGCAUCUAUCUUUUCUUGUCGAUCGGAUUCGAUGCGGUGCAGGUGCGGACCCUCUUUAUCCGGCAGUAUCCACCCUCUCUCGCUGCUCUGUCCGCGGCAACUGUCGCCCUGAAAGUUCUUUUGCUAGCAUUGGAAGCACAACCCAAACGCAGGUACCUGAAGUCGGCCCACCGUGACACGUCUCCCGAGUCGACUAGUGGAAUCUUUGCCCGCACCAUCUUUUGGUGGCUCAAUCGUCUGUUUCUGACAGGCUUUCGAAAGCUUCUCACCAUUGAGGAUCUCUUCCCGACGGACGAGGACUUGAGAUCAGGCCCUCUGAGACGGAAGAUUCGACUUGCUUGGGAAAAAUAUCAAUCUAGCAACACACGCAGCUUGAUUCUUGCGACCGCGAUCAGUCUGCGAUGGGCCGUUCUUCGAACCAUAUUCCCCAGGCUGUGCCUAAUAGGGUUCAGCUAUGCGCAGACAUUUUUCAUUCAGCGCGCCAUCGAGCAUCUGCACAAGCCGGAUACGCAGCUGACGAGAAACGAAGGUUAUGGCUUGAUCGGGGCCGCAGCGCUGAUUUAUGGGGGUAUCGCCAUAUCCACCGUACACUACAAACACCAGCUAUUUCGCAUGAUAACCAUGUUCCGCGGCGCAGCCGUUGCAUUGAUCUACGACCACACUUUGGUCCUCCACGAUGGGGCAUGCACUGAAUCGGCCGCUGUCACGCUCAUGAGUACCGACAUUGACAUGAUUGCACGGUCGCUGGAGCAGGCCAGCGAGAUGUGGGCCCGCUUAGUGGAGAUUGCCAUUGGAAUCUGGCUACUCGAGCGGCAACUCGCUGCGGUCUGCGUUGCCCCCAUCCUCGUGAUUCUUCUUUGUACUUCGGCCCAGAUGUACAUGGCGACAUUUAUGCCUGCCAGGCAGAAGGUCUGGGUCGGGGCUAUCCAACGCCGGGUGGCCAUGAUCUCCACGGCUCUGCGAUCGAUGAAAAGCGUCAAGAUGCUGGGGCUGUCUGAAACGCUCGCCACAACACUCCAGGGACAAAGAGAGCGCGAGCUGAAUCUAUCCAAGGAUUUUCGAUGGCUGAUUGUCUGGCUCAAUGUGGUUGCCAGUUUGCCUCAGAUGUGUGCUUCACUCGUGACAUUUGCAGCCUUUGUCAUUCGCGCAAAGAUCGACCAUUCGCAGCCACUGUCAACAGUUCAAGCAUUUACCUCGCUUGCCAUCAUUAGUCUCAUCACCAGCCCAGCACUCCAACUAUUGUCGUCCAUUCCGGCAGUAACGGCCGCUUUGGGGGCCUUUGACCGCAUUCACAAAUUCCUGACAUCUCCGACCUUGGAUGCACUGCCGCCCGGAAGGGAGCUGAGCUCUCAACCGGAUGAGAAGUACGACACCCAUGGACAUGGCUCCGAGGUCCAACUCAAGGUCUUGGCACCGAAAUUAAAUUCCUACCAGCCGGUGGUUGCAAUGACGGAUGCUUACAUCCGCCCAGCUUCGGGAUCUGACUUCUUUUUGGAGGGUAUCCAUCUGACGGUUGCCAUGGGCACAGUGACGAUGGUAAUGGGCCCUGUUGGGUGUGGAAAGUCCACGUUGUUGAAAGCAAUGCUAGGUGAGAUUUCGUGCGAUCGUGGGACAGUCACGGGAGCACGGUCGGGUGCUGCCUACUGCAGUCAAGCCCCCUGGCUCCAGAAUACCACCAUCCAGAAUAACAUCUGCGGAUUCGGGGAGCUGGACGUGAACUGGUACAGAGAGGUAUUAAAGGCAUGUGCAUUGGAGCCAGACAUCUCUCGGAUGCCACACGGUGACCAGUCCAUCGUAGGCAGCGGAGCACUCAAGCUGAGCGGAGGACAAAAACAGCGUCUGGCACUUGCUCGGGCUAUCUACUCAAGGAAACCAUUUCUCGUCCUUGAUGACCCCCUGAGUGCCGUUGACAGCAAGACGGCGCAAUCUGUCACCGACGCCCUUUUUAGCACCCAUGGGCUUUGCCGAAGAAUAGGUGCGGCAGUCGUAAUGGCGACUCAUUCAGAUCAGCACUUGUCUCUUGCAGACGGGGUAGUCUUCCUAAGCUCCAGUGGACGCAUCGAGAAGCAGGGUUCUUUGGUCAGCUUAGGCCUGGCCUCGGAAUUGGUCCCAGAUAUAACCGAGACCAAGUCGGAAAGCUCGACUGACCAGCUCAGCAGUGAAGACCAAUCGCCAACUACCAAAAAGGUGGAAACACUUACUGUGGAUGACAUAGCGGAUAUAUCUCGCCGCACCGGCGAUGCGGCAGUGUAUUCCUACUACCUGAAGGCGAUCGGAUGGCGCCAUACAUUGGUCGCCUGUAUCAUCAUCAUCAUCCACACAUUCUCUUCCACCUUUCCUCAGGUGUGGUUGGAAUUAUUCACCAAUGAUAAUGGGAAGAAGGCUGCCCAAUUCAUCGGCAUCUAUGUGCUUCUUGCCGUGGCUGCUUCGGGGUCACAGGGACUCAUGAUAUGGCAGAUCAUGAUCAAGAUCGUCUUAAAGUCAGGACUGGAGCUACACAGGAUCCUUGUUCAAACCGUCACGAACGCCCCGAUGCAUUUCUAUGCUGAGGUCGAUUCUGGCGUCAUCCUUAACCGGUUCAGCCAGGAUAUGACCCUUGUAGAUGCUGUACUGCCAACCAUGGCAUUUGGCACAGUGUUGAGCGUGGCACAAUGCUUCGCUCAGGUGGCGCUGAUCUCAUUGGGCUCUAGCUACAUGGGCAUCACCAUCAUCCCCUGUCUACUGGUACUAUACGGCGCACAAAAAGUCUAUCUCCGCACAUCCAGACAGCUCCGAUUCCUGGAUCUUGAGGCCAGAAGCCCGCUCUAUACAUGGUUUGUAGAGACUUUAGAGGGUCUGUCUACGAUCAGAGGCCUUGGAUGGCAACGUUCAUUUGUCACCGAGUGUUUACGCCGCCUUGACGAUUCUCAGAGGCCAUAUUAUCUCCUCUACUGUAUCCAGCGAUGGCUCAAUGUCGUCCUUGACCUCCUUGUGGCUGUCCUGGCUGUAAUUCUAAUCGCCCUGGCCACGUCAUUGCGAGGUUCGACAGAUCCUGGAAAAUUGGGAGUGUCCUUGACGGCAAUCAUGGCCUUCAGUCAGACUUUGCAAGAUUUGGUGACCAGCUGGACUUCGCUCGAAACAUCUCUCGGUGCGAUCGCAAGAACACGGUCGUUCGAAAUGCAGACGCCUUCUGAGCAUCAGGUCGAGGAAACUUUCAUCCCUCCAGCAAGCUGGCCUGUCCACGGAGAUAUUGAAAUUGCCUCCCUUUCUGUUUCCUAUGAUGGCAUCACACGUGCAUUGGACAAUGUAAACAUCAGCAUAAAAGCAGGAGAGAAGGUUGUGAUAAGCGGGCGGACCGGAAGUGGGAAGAGCACAUUAUUCUCCGCCCUUCUACGACUAGUCAACACUGAAAACGGAACGAUGUUCAUUGACGGUUUCGACAUUUCCACCAUUCCCCGGAAUAUCAUUCGCUCCCGAAUCAUCGCCAUUCCCCAAGACCCGUUCAUUCUGCCGGCUGCUAUCCGCUCCAAUCUGGACCCGUCCGGCCUUUCUACAGAUGCGACUCUGCUUUCAGCAUUGGAAAAAGCCAACCUACUUGCCGUUGUUACGUCGCGCGGUGGUCUCGAUGCAGAGUUGACGUCGUCUUCACUGUCACAAGGCGAACAAAGACUGUUCGCACUUGCCGUAGCGCUAGUGAGGAAAUGGAACCGAGACAAUGACGGGCCCCGCCGUGGCGGCAUCUUAAUCCUGGAUGAAGCCACCAGCGGAACUGAUACUGAGACAGACAGGCUGAUACAAACGAUCAUAGAAGACCAAUUUGAUGGUUAUACCGUUGUACACAUCUCUCACCGGCCUGAUAUGGUGAAAUGUGUCGAUAGGGUGAUUCAGCUGGAAAAUGGGCGAGUGGUCAGCUGAUAUAUUCGCAAGGCAGGGUUGUAGUAGAUAGACUAAGGCAAGAGGUAGUUUGAGUGAGAGCAAUAAAUGUGGAUUUGUUCGGG